AUGGCAAAUUUUCCUCCUCGUUUGUUCUCAAACAACAACGAUGAGUCGUUCAUGGCUUCUCUCCGUGCUUCUGCUCAAACUAGCGCAACUUCUCAAAGGUUGGCGUAUGUGGAACGUCUUAUUCUUGAUCUUCAGAAGUCUGAUCUCCGAGAAAACGCUCUUCAUAUGCUCUCUAAGAAUACUGAGUCAUUCAAAGAUCUUGCACCCUUAUUAUGGAAUUCUUUUGGCACUAUUGUGAUACUUUUACAGGAAAUACUUUCAAUAUUUCCUAAUAUUUCAAUGCAAAAUCUUACUCCUGCACAAUCAACUCGAGCGUGCCAUGUUCUUGCACUCCUUCAGUGCGUGGCAUCUCACCCUGAUACAAAGAUGCUAUUUCUCGAUGCUAACAUGCCAUUGUAUCUGUAUCCCUUUCUUCAAACAAAAAAUGAGUCACCACAAUUUGAACAUUUAAGACUUGCUAGUCUUGGAGUCAUUGGUGCACUGAUAAAGGUUAGCACUAAAGAAGUGAUAACUUUCCUUCUUUCAAGCGAGAUAAUUCCCUUAUGCUUGUGCAAUAUGGAAAUUGGAAAAGAAGUAUCAAAAACGGUAGCAACAUUCAUAAUUCAAAAAGUUCUAGCUGAAGAAGAUGGUUUGGCUUAUGUCUGUGCCACAGCUGAACGAUUUUUUGCUGUAGCACGAGUUUUGGAUAAGGUGUUGAACAGUAUUGAGAAACAACAUUCUCCUCGUCUUUUGAAGCUCAUAAUCUCAUGUUAUUCUCGUUUAUCAGAUAGUCACAGAGCUGGAGUUGUACUAGCAAAUUGUCUUCCGAAAAUGCUCACAGAUGGAACUUUCAAUAAUUACUUUCGUGAUGAUCCAACAACUUGGAGGUUAGUGGAGCAUUUGUAUGAAAAUUUAGGGAUGAAUCAAGUUCCAUUAGUACCAGGUGGACCAUUAGUACCAGGUGGAGAAUGA